AUGAGUGAGCUGUGGUACCAACAACCCGCGACAACCUGGAACGAGGCGCUUCCCCUUGGCAAUGGCCGGUUAGGGGCUAUGGUACACGGUCGCACUGACACGGAGAUGAUCCAACUCAACGAAUCGACUGUAUGGUUUGGUGGGCCGCAACAACGAACACCUGAAGAUGCACUGAGCAAUCUACCUGCCUUACGAGAAGCUAUCCGCCAAGGUAAUCAUACUGAAGCCGAAAGGUUGGUAACCACGUACUUCUUCUCAAACCCAGCAAGUCAACGGCACUAUGAGCCUCUUGGAAACCUCUUUUUGAAAUUUGAGCACAAGCCUGAGCAGGUUACAAACUACCGACGCUCCCUAGACUUGACCAAAGGAGUUUUGCAUGUGAAUUAUGAUUAUGCGAGCGUUCAUUACGAUCGUCAAAUGAUCGCCACAGAUGAACCAUCAGCACUUAUCGUGCGAAUGCGAUCAUCCGCCAAAAUUCGGUUUAUCUUACGAUUGACUCGAAUGAGCGAUGUGGAAUACGAGUCUCAGGAGUACCACGACUGGGUUCAGACGAUUAGUGACAAUCCACUAUCUCGUGCUCUAGGCCGGAAGGAGAAUACAAUCACAAUGCACGUCACACCAGGCGGUAAAGGAAGUAACCGCGCCUGUUGCAUCGUCCAUGUUCAAUCUAUCGAUCGAGACAGGAAGGGCAAGGUGACCAAGGCUGGCAAAAACCUUAUUGUGAACUCCGACGACGCCAUAAUCUAUAUCGUCGCACGAACUAGCAUUGCGAAUGAGAAUUAUGAAUCCAGAGCUGAGUCGGAUCUUUCAAUGCUUGAUGAGACUCCAGAUCUUGUUUGGGAUCGACGAGUUCAACGUAAUCAAGAAAUAUGGAAUCGAAUGCAUCUAGAGCUCAAACCAGACUCGCCAGAAAUUCCGACAGAUAAACGAUUAAUAGCUAGGGAUCCGGGUUUAGUAGCACUCUAUCACAAUUACAGUCGAUAUCUGCUCAUGUCAUGCAGCUAUGAAGGGAACUCGGCCUACCCUCUACCGGCUAAUCUACAAGGGAUUUGGAAUCCCUCAUUUCAUCCGGCCUGGGGCUCUAGAUUCACAAUAAACAUCAAUCUGCAGAUGAAUUAUUGGUCUGCUAAUGUUUGCAACUUAUCGGAGUGCGAAAUGCCUCUAUUUACUCACCUUUCACGCUUGGCAUCCAAUGGCAAGAACACCGCACGAAAUAUGUAUGGAUGUCGUGGCUGGACUGCACAUUCCAACACAGAUAUUUGGGCCGACACCGAUCCAGUAGAUCGAUGGAUGCCAGGAACACUCUGGCCGCUGGGAGGUGCAUGGCUGUGUUGUCACAUAUGGGAGCAUUUCCAAUUCACCGGAGAGCAAAAUAUCCUGCGAAAGUAUUUUUGGAUUCUGCGAGGUUGCGUGGAAUUUCUCUUGGACUUUCUCAUCGUGGACUCUCAAGGAAAGUACCUUAUAACUUGUCCCUCAUUGUCGCCUGAGAAUUCAUAUCGCGACAAAAAAGGUCAAAAGGGCGUUUUUUGCGAGGGAUCCACCAUUGACAUUCAAAUUAUCAAUGCUGUACUGAGAGACUUUGAGUCAACGACCGCACAAUUGAGCAUCGAGGAUAGCCUUCUCCUCCAAGUCCGGGAGGCCCGAGCUCGCCUUCCACCAUUGAUAAUCAGUCAAAAUGGAUAUCUUCAGGAAUGGGCCGAAGACCACGAAGAGGUUGAGCCUGGGCAUCGUCACACCUCCCACCUUUGGGGUCUAUACCCCGGCAAUGUCAUAACACUGGAAAAAACACCUGAACUUGCAGCUGCAUGUAGAGAAACACUUCGCAGACGUGCAGAGCAUGGAGGGGGACACACAGGGUGGAGUCGAGCGUGGCUCCUAAACCUGUUCGCGCGCCUUCAAGAUGCGGGGGCAUGUCAAAAGCACCUGGAUUUAUUACUCGAGAAAUCCACUUUACCAAAUCUAUUCGAUAGCCAUCCUCCAUUUCAAAUCGAUGGCAACUUUGGUGGGGCUGCAGGAAUUGUGGAAAUGUUGGUCCAAUCUCAUGAGCCCGGAGUGAUCCGACUGCUUCCAGCUUGUCCGAGCGAUUGGACUGGUAAGAUUCACGGGGUACGAGCACGCGGAGGCUUUGAAUUAGCAUUCGAGUUUGAAAAUGGGUGCAUCGUGGGUGAGGUGGUCAUUUGUUCUUUGCGGGGCGAGAAAGCGACGGUUGUUUUUCCAGGUGAAAACGGGUUUCGAAAGUCUAUUGAGCAGUGUCGCUCUUAUAGAAUCCAACCGGAGGAGUAUUUUAAAUAG